UUAAACUCUUGAAUCAUGUGCAUGCAUGGUAUAUAUUUGUGUUGUUUUGCAGGAAUAACUCUGCAGAAUGUAAACAAGCUGAACCUUCUGAGAUUGGCCCCUGGUGGUCAUGUUGGACGCUUCUGCAUCUGGACAGAGAGUGCUUUCCGUAAGCUAGAUCAACUGUAUGGCACCUGGCGUAAAGCUUCCUCCCUCAAAGUUGACUACAACCUGCCAAUGCAUAAGAUGACAAACACAGACCUGAGCAGGAUUCUGAAGAGUGAGGAGGUCCAGAAAGCACUUCGUGCACCCAACAAGAAGAUCAACCGCAGAGUACUGAAGAAGAAUCCCCUUAAGAACAUUAGGGUUAUGUUCAAACUGAACCCCCACGCCAAGACAGCAAGACGUCAUGCCAUUCUUAAGCAUGACCCCAAGAUCAAGGCAAAAAUGCUGAAACCUAAGAAGAAGCCUGGAAAGAAAGGAGCACCGAAGAAAAUCAAGGCAUAAAUUUAUACUUGCUGACUAGAGUUAAUUAAGGCUGACUGGAGUUCAUUAAGAAAAUAAAUAAUUGGUUUCAA